GGGAGGCAACUGUGUCGAGGGAGAUGUUUUCUCUCCACAUUGAUGUAAGCGGCCGCUGUCAAUUUGGAACCACCUCUGAGCCCAAAUUUUCGACUUUGUAGGUAUAUUUUGGAGCGAUCACACCUAUACAACUGUGGUGAAACAAUGGCAGCCUCUGGAGGUGAGAUUCUAGAGGGAUUCCUGUGCCCUAUGUGUAUGAAGGAUCUAGGCACACCGUCCCAGCUACAGUCCCACUUUGAGGAAGCACACAGUACUGAAGAUAAGGCUACACUCAACCAAUUAAGAGGCCUGUUUGACAAAGCCAAGAAGAAGUUUUUGGGCGAUAAAGAGGUAGAGGUGGCUGUAGAGAGUGGGCAUUUAGGCUCCAAUAGUGUACUGACCAAGUCAACCAACCUGUACAAUGUGGACUAUUGGCAGCCACAGGACAUUGGUGCCAUACGUAGUCAGACGGACUACUUUCGCAGUGUUCGUGACACCCGUGUUGACAAGUAUGUAGUGCAGACUAACAAGCUACUGAUCCGUUUGGACAAGCUUAUUGCUGCAGACGCCCCUACAGAUUCUGGGAAGAGGAAAGCGUUUGAGAAGAGCGUUGUGCACUGGCAGCCUGACAACGAGGUCAACAUAUGCCGGUUUUGUAACCGAUCGUUCAGCAUGACACGACGACGCCACCAUUGUAGACUAUGUGGAGGAAUAAUGUGUGACCGCUGUUCUCAGUUUCUUACACACGCAUAUGCAAAAAAGCUUACCAAUCCUGCCUUCAGCUUUGACUCUGGUCGUGAGCAGGGUUUCCUGAAGCGUUCCAGCAGUAACUCUAGUCUCAACUCCAUGUUCAGCUCAGAGGGUGACCCCCACAUCCGGUCCUGUGAUGAUUGCAGAAAACUGCUUGAGAGACGAGACCUUCAGAUGGAGCAGCGAAACACCAAGUCCACUAUUGUGCUUUUAUAUGAGAAACUGAAGUUUCUUAUAGAAGAGUGUGAGGCCCUGCUUGCCAAGUACUUGCCGAUGGUGGAGUCUCUGAGUUCCGGUGAAUCUACCUAUAAGCUGCAGGAAGCUCAGCUCAAACGUACUGAGCUGGUCCAGAAAUACCAUCAUAUUGAUGAAAUCAGUAAAAGGAUAUCUACGUUAAAUAAUAACUUAGAAGAACGUGUGUCACACAAGCAAGACCAGCUUCAAAAAUCUAUCCGGACCAAUGCCUCAAACGUCAUGCAAGAAAAUAUGAUGGGUCCACAGAACCUACCCUCAGAGGAACAUUCUGGUGAAUCUACCUAUAGGCUGCAGGAAGCUCAGCUCAAACGUACUGAGCUGGUCCAGAAAUACGAUCAUAUUGAUGAAAUCAGUAAAAGGAUAUCUACGUUAAAUAAUGACUUAGAAGAAAGUGUGUCACACAAGCAAGACCAGCUUCAGAAAUCUAUCCGGACCAAUGCCUCAAACUUCAUGCAAGAAAAUAUGAUGGGUCUACAGAACCUACCCUCAGAGGAACAUGCGGGUGAAUUUACCUAUAGGCUGCAGGAAGCUCAAGUUAAGUUUAAAGAGCUGGUCAAGAAAUAUGGUCAUAUUGAAAAAAUCAGUAAUAGAAUAGAUACCUUAAAUAAUGACUCAGAAGAAAGUGUUUCACACAAGCAAGACCAGCUGCAAAAAUCUAUCCAGACCUAUGCCUCAAACUUCAUACUAGAAAAUAUGAUGGGUCUACAGGACCUACCCUCGGAGGAACAGUACGCCAUUUUGCCAAAACGCAAUACCAAAGAGGUUCAGAGACGCAUAGAAAAUGAAAGAUUAGCUGUUUUGCAGGCGCGAGAGCAAGAGAAACGAAACCAGGAAAAGAUUUCUAUGACAGGGAAAGAUCCAGAAUCGUCUGGUGAAAGGUCAGGUGCCAAAACCCAUGUCCGGAAUAGCAGUUACGGGUGGAAGCCCUCAGAGCAUUCAGUCAGAGAGUCAAUUGAGGAUCCAAUGCUGCAACAGAUGGACAUCAUACGUGGGUAUAUCGAAGAGGCAAAAAUGGCGCAGAAGUGGGACGAGAAACUGAAGUUUCUUAUAGAAGAGUGUGAGGCCCUGCUUGCCAAGUACUUGCCGAUGGUGGAGUCUCUGAGUGUGGGUGAAUCAACCUAUAGGCUGCAGGAAGCUCAGGUUAAACGUACAGAGCUGGUCCAGAAAUAUGAUCAUAUUGAUAAAAUCAGUAAAAGGAUAUCUACCUUGAAUAAUGACUCAGAAGAAAGUGUGUCACAUAAGCAGGACCAGCUGCAGAAAUCUAUCCGGACCUAUGCCUCAAACUUCAUUCAAGAAAAUAUGAUGGGCCUACAGAACCUACCCUCGGAAGAACAGUACGCUAUUUUGCAAAAACGCAAAGCCUCCCAGGUUCAGGAACGUAUAACAAAGGAAAGAGAAGCUGUUUUGCAGGCGCAAGAGCAAGAGAAGCGAAACCAGGAUAAGAUAUCUACGCCAGGGAAAGAUCCAGAAUCGUCUGGGGAAAGGUCAGGUGCCAACACCCACAUCCGGAACAGUAGUUAUGGGUGGAAGCCCUCAGAGCAUUCAGUCAGAGAGUCGAUGGAGGAUCCAAUGCUGCAACAGAUGGACAUCAUACGUGGGUAUAUCAAAGAGGCAAAAAUGGCGCAGAAGUGGGACGAGGUGAAAUUGUUGGAACAGAAUUUACUGGAUUUGAAACGGGAGUUUUCUAGUCAACAAAAGCAGACCUGGUCUUAAUCUAUAGUUGUUCUUGCUUCCUCAGUUAGAAUAAUUUAUAGACUAUUUAUUCCUUUGAUUAAAUGUAAUUUGUAUUGAUAUCUAGGAAAUUAGUGUGCAUUUUUAAAGGACAAUGCAUUUUGUAUUAUUGUUAUUAUAUGUGUUUUUUAUGCUUUUAUAUGUAAUCUUUAAAUAUUGUUUCUAUUAAACAAGAGAAUAAAACAAGAAAAAAAGAAUAAUUUGUAGGAAGGUGCUCCAUUUAUGUUUUUAUAAACCUGAAAGCCUUUGAUAAAGUUUUUGAUUGCCAAAUUUUAGCCGUAAGUGAGAACAUCUCCUAGUUAGUUUUUACUGAAAGCGUAUAUAAUCACAAUUUUGUACCACAUUGUAUUAUAUGUUGUAAUAUUGUGCAAUACUUGUCUCUUUUGUGUUAAACCUGUGCAAAUAACACACAUUUUUAACGAAUGUUUCAUAUUUAAUAUACUUAAUUAUAUUUAAGUGUAUUUGGGAUGUUUAUGGAGCUUUAAUUUAUGUAAAAUGGCAAAUAAUAAUAUUGUAAAAAAACGUGCAUGUUAAUUGUAAUUAUGGUAACAUUACUAAAUGUUGAAUGUAAAAAUCAAAGAAAUGUUAAUAUGUUGAAUACAGCCUGUGCUGCACAAAACCACUGACUCAUCAGCUGGGAGCCGCCCAUCAACAAGUGUUUCAUCCUUAAAUCCCAGGACACUCUCCGGGCGGUGGAACCGCAGUGCUGAUCAGGCACUACGGGUCAGUGGUUAGCUGCCAGCUCUUCUCCUCCCUCUUGAUCCAUAGCCAACUAGACGCUCUCUCUGCUGCUUGACCCAGUCUCCCAACAGCUUUCUUUCUCUCUCCUCCUCUGAUUCCUAGGGCACUUAGCAUCCUCCACAGUGAUUGUGCGGGAAAGCCUCUGGCGCCAAUUUCGAUCGGGAACAGCCAUGUUUUCCAACCGCGGCUCACUGCACUGGUCUAAGAGAUCAGUGUAUUUGGCUUUCUUUCGCUCAUAUGCCAUGUCGCACCUUGAUUCCCAUGGGACGGUGAGUUCAAUAGUCACCAGCUUCUUGUGUUUGGUGGACCAUAUCACUAUGUCAGGCCUCAGUGUAGUUUGGACGAUCUCGGGGAAGACCAGCUUCUUCCCUAAGUCGACUUUCAUCUCCCAUUGGCCAGAUUCAUCUAAGAUCGACGUGUUUCUAGGAGCUUGCUUUGUGCUUGUUUUCCCUGCCUUGACAAAGUUGAUCUUUGUAGAUGCUGUUUUCUUUGCUGUUCUUUUCUUCCUUCUCUCGCGCUCAAGUACAUCUGCUAACUCCUUAAGGACAGCAUCGUGUCUCCAUCUGUAGCGGCCCUGUGUCAGCGAAGUCUGACAUGAUGACAGGAUGUGUUCCAUGGUGCAUGGCUUGUUACAAAGACUGCAUCUUGGGUCUUCCACUAGACCCCAUCUGUGAAGGUUGGUUGGGGAUGGCAGCAGGUCGUAAACUGACCUUAACAGGAAUUUGAGUCUUAGCGGCUCAUACUGCCAGAUGUCUGCCCAAGUUAACUUCCUCUCUGUUGUUGUCCAUUUGUUCCAUGCACAUUGUCCUCCCAUUUCAACUGAUCGGGCUCUUCUGCUCUCCUCUUCGCUCACCCUGAUUUCCUUCUGCACCAUCUGACUCCUCUCUCUUUUAUCUGCCGUGCUCCAUCGCUGUGGUUUUAUCAUACCAAGCCCUUGUCUGCCCUCCGUAGUAGUUCCGACGAUGUCUUUGGUUUCAUAGGAGAUUUCUUUUAAAGUAUUCACCGUAAACAUACAAGUAAAUCAUGGGAAUAAUAAAAUCAAGGAUCAUUUACUGUUGCUUUUGGAAUACUUAUUAAUCAAAAUUUGAUGGUGUCCCAAUACAAUAAAAAAUAUAUUUUUAUUUGGUGCUCACCUGAAUAAGUAAGUCUUUAUUUGCUUGUCUAUUGUUCUAGUCUAUUGUUCCUUGUAUCAAUUUCAUGACCUUGUUUUGGGAAGAAACUUUUACAAUUCCAUUAUAAUAAUGUUAUUAUAAAUUAUAUAUCCUGCUUGCACUCAAGCUGUUUCCUCAAUGUUUAUAUACAUGUAUAUACAUGAAUAUUGAUAUACCAAGUUAUUAAACAAUAGCAAAACGUUAAAGUGUGCCUGCUUAAAAUUAGACAAGUUGCAUUUUUAAAAUAUUUUUUUUCAGGCUUUUUUGUUUAUAUACUGUAGAAGUAUAUGGUUAAAAUAUUGCAAAUUUGUGUAAAACAUUUCUGCAAAGCAUGCUUCAGCUUCAAUUUAAUAUAAAACAAAAUUGUACCUAAUAUUUUCCAAUACAAGAUUACUGAUGAUAUGAAAAAAAUCAGGCUGGAUAUAUGUAUCAGGAGAAUAUUUUUGUCCAACAAAGAUUGAUUUUAAAAUUGCUUGGCAGAAGCAAUCCUCAUGUCAAUGACAAUAAUCAGGUCUCAUAUAAAGGCCACAAUUGAAUGCAAAAAGUCAAUUUUUAAAAUAAUCCUUUGUAAGAAGCCUAAUUUGCCCAGCAUGGACAGAUUUCAAAUUACUAAUUACUUGGUAGAAGUGAUGAGUAAAAAAAACAGGCUCAGGGUCCAUGUCACAAAUCAAGGUCAAACAAGAAAAGUAAGAAUACAUUAUAAUUUUUUCCAAAUCAGAACUCUGGUCCAGCAUGGAUGGAUUUUCAAACAACUCCGCCGUAUCAUGAGUUAUAGUUUUGCCAGUUCCCUAGUUCCAAGUUUAAGGUCACAAUCCAAUUUUGUUUAUACCCACACCUUAUAGUUGUUUGUCCAAAGGUUAACAGUAGAUCAAUUUCUCUGUGCAGUCAUGUUCUUUUGUUUACUAUUACAUAUGUAAACGCAUGGUUGGUCAACUCAGCAAUUGAUUUACGUGUGUCUAUGAGUUAAUUAAGAGUCAAAACUGGAAUGUUAUUACUUAAUUCCAUGCAAUCUCAUUUGAGCAUCAUUAUGUACUCCUGCACGGGUAUAAGCAUCAUAUUUUGUAUAUCAAUAAUAAUUCUAAUUGCAUUUAUAUAUAAACGUGUUGGCACAGAUAAAAACAAUAAAUAUCAAGUUUUUAACCUGGCACGUGUGUGAUUAUGUUUUAAUUAGUGUUUUUUUUUUGUCUUAACAUGUUGUGGAAUUGUUUUUUCAGGUAUUGUAAAGGCUGCUAUUUUGUGAUAAAUUAUAUUUCUUCAUUUAAUAUGCAACUAUUAUUGUUUUAAGAUUUUUAAGCUUGAUUGUUAUGCUUUCACCAACCGUAAGUAUCAACUGUCUUCUGAAACAUUCUGAAACAUUCCUUUAUCCUUAUACCAUUGCAGAGGGCAUGGUUAUAUAUCCAAUAUUGAUAGGUAAAAUUGCAACACAUUACGAUCUUAUGAGCAAUUAAUUGUUCACUUGUAUUUAUGUUUACUCAUUCUCCAGUAUAAGCAGUUAAAGAUUUAUUUAAGUACAAAAUAUAAUUUUAAGAGAAGUAAUUUAUUUGUAAACUUACAAUAAGUUUUAUAAAUGUGAAGAUUAAAUUUUCAUUAUAAUUAAUUUGUAUGCCCCCCUUCGAAGAAGAGGGGGUAUAUUGUUUUGCUCAUGUCGGUCGGUCGGUCCGUCCACCAGAUGGUUUCCGGAUUAUAACUCAAGAACGCUUACGCCUAGGAUCAUGAAACUUCAUAGGUACAUUGAUCAUGACUCGCAGAUGACCCCUAUUGAUUUUGAGGUCACUAGGUCAAAGGUCAAGGUCACGGUGACCUGAAAUAGUAAAAUGGUUUCCGGAUGAUAACUCAAGAAUGCUUAUGCCUAGGAUCAUGAAACUUCAUAGGUACAUUGAUCAUGACUAGCAGAUGACCCCUAUUGAUUUGCAGGUCACUAGGUCAAAUGUCAAGGUCACGGUGACACGAAAUAGUAAAAUGGUUUCCAGAUGAUAACUCAGGAACGCUUAUGCCAAGGAUCAUGAAACUUCAUAGGUACAUUGAUCAUGACUCGCAGAUGACCCCUAUUGAUUUUAAGGUCACUAGGUCAAAGUCAAGGUGACCCGAAAUAGUAAAAUGGUUUCUGGACGAUAACUCAAGAACGCUUAUGCCUAGGAUCAUGAAACUUCAUUGGUACAUUGAUCAUGACUCGCAGAUGACCCCUAUUGAUUUUUAGGUCACUAGGUCAAAGGUCAAGGUCAUUUGGAAAAAGUUAUGAGCUAUUGUCAUCACCUUGGCGUGGGCGUCUGGUUAAGUUUUGUGUUUAGGUCCACUUUUCUCAUAAAGUAUCAAAGCUAUUGCAUUCAAACUUGGUACACUUAUUUACAAUCAUGAGGGGACUGGGCAGGCAAAUUUAGAUAACUCUGGCGUGCAUUUUGACAGAAUUAUUUGCCCUUUUUAUACUUAGACAAUUUGGUUAAGAAAAAAGUAUACUUUUUGCAAUUGGGAAUAUAGCCAAAUUUCGGCUAUAAAAUCGGGCCAAAAAAAACCCCUGUCUAGGAUCAUGAAACUUCAUAGGUACAUUGAUCAUGACUGGCAGAUGACCCCUAUUGAUUUUCAGGUCACUAGGUCAAAGGUCAAGGUCACAGUGACUAGAAACUGUAAAAUGUUUUCUGGGUGAUAACUCAAGAAUACUUAGGCCUAGGAUCAUGAAUCAUAGGUACAUUUAUCUUGACUUGCAGAUGACCCCUAUUAAUUUUUAGCGAGGCUGUUUUUGGAGAAAACCCGAGCUAUUGUCAUAGCCAGCUCGUCGUCCAACGUCCGCCGUCCACCGUAGGCGUCGUGCUAAAACCUUAACAUUGGCCAUAACUUUUUAAAUAUUGAAUAUAGCACCUUGAUAUUUGGCAUGCAUGUGUAUCUCAUGGAGCUGCACAUUUUGAGUGGUAAAAUUUUAAGGUGAACAUUAUCCUUCAAGGUCUAGGGUCGAAAAAACAAAGUCAAGGGAAGUAAUAAGCUUUAAAUGGACAAAGUUAUCUGACCUGCCCACGUAUAUAUUUUUGUUAAAUAAAUCAAAGCGGCGCAUUGUGGUAAAAGGUCAAGGUCAUCCUUUACGGUCUACGGUAAAAAAUGCAGAUUUAAGGGAAGUGAUAAGCUUUAAAAAGGGAGAAAAUUAUUCAAUAUUGAACAUAGCCACUUUAUAUAUUUGGCAUGCAUGUGUAUCUCAUGGAGCUGCACAUUUUGAGUUGUGAAUCUAUAGUCACGGUAGUGGCUUUUAAUUAUUUGCUACUAAAAAUAGAGAUUUGUUACAGACAAUUAUUUUCAAGGGAAGUAAUUAUAUAACUAUAAAUCUCAUAUUAUAUAUUUCCUUACCAAGAAUUGAAGUUCUUUUCACAGUUACAGUACAGAUGUAUUAUUUUGAUUAUUUAUAACCCAAAUGAUUAAUUUGUCAAAGUUUUUUUUAAAUGAUAUAAUUAUAAUUUCUUUGAUGUUCAUACCUGUGGACUUAUGUCCAUAGAUACAUGAUCAACUCUGGCUAUGAACCUUUUAAACCACAGGCCUUGGUUGUCAGUGAUGUCUGACAUGGUCAUAAUUGACUGUGAGACCCCCCCCCCCCCUAGUUGGAUUGGACAAAAUUUAAGGGAAGUAAUUUUAUGGAAAAAAAAACAACUCUGGCUAUGAACCUUUUAAACCACAGGCCUUGGUUGUCAGUGAUGUCUGACAUGGUCAUAAACUCAUAAUUGACUGUGAGACCCUCCCCACCCCCCUCCCCCCGGUUGGAUUGGACAAAAUUCAAGGGAAGUAAUAACCUUUAAAGGGAGAUGAUUUCUAUACCUGCCAAAUGAUAAAUAUAAAUUUUAUUUCAAGGCGGCGCAGUAGGGGGCAUUGUGUUUCUGACAAACACAUCUCUUGUUGGGUAACUAGGUCAAAGGUCAAGGUCACUGUGACCACAAAUAAAUUGUUGUGAGGUGAUACAUGAUCAUACAUGCUAUCUUUUCUAACAUAGGUUGUUCACUUGCCCAGUAUUUUGCCUACAUAUUUUAUGUCUGCAUUUUACUGUUAAAAUAAUAUGUGCAAUAAAUUGUUUAAAAACUCA